AUGUCUAGACAAUGUCAUUCUGUUCAAAAAAAUAGUAAAUUCUCUGGAAAACAAACAAACCUUAUUCAAGGUCAACUCAAUAAUGAUUUCAUUAGAAAAUUUCCAUAGGUUUUUAUGCUUUAAUAUCAUAGUGUGGAUUUAUAUCUACUCCUUUAUCCGGCAAAUCCUUGAGUGUGAUAUGUUCUCCAGAAACUCAAAAAUUAAAUGAGAAAAUGCAAGAAGAACUUAGUCAAUUAGAUGAUUUACCCAUCUAUCACUUUCCUUAGAUGUUUAAUAGAGAGGAGGAUAAGAUGUAAUACUAAGUUUAAACUAUAUAGUUUUUUGAAAGUAAUUAUAUUAAACUAUAAGGUCAAGAAUCCUAGAUGCUCGAAGCUAUAUUAAACUAUAAGAGACAAUGUUGGGAUGUCAUUCUACCAAUUAAUGAGUUCAUAUCAGAAUAGAAUUCCCAAGGAUUUUGGAUUCUUAAAAUUAUUGUAAUCAUUUUUGUUAACAUUUUAAAGACUAAAAAGUAUAUAGAACUUAACAAUUAUGAUAAUUCUAAAGAACUCAUGAACUUUUGUUUGAAACUAUUAAAUAGAAAUCUACAUAUCAAUCAUGGUAUACUUUAUUGUAAUCAAAUAUAGAUGAUAUCGUAUAAUAAUUAGAUGGAUGUAUUCGGAUUAAUCCUUAUUGUUUAUUAAAGAGAAACUCAAUUAAAACAUCCAUUUCUAAUCUUCUUUCCAACUUACUCUUUGAGAAUAAAAUCACAAAUAAUCUAGAAAUUUUCAAAACACUUUUUAAUGAUUUUGAGAACAAAGAUCUUGAUUCCUUAAAAAAUCAUAAUAAUUUAGAUAUUUAGUUAAAAUAUCUUAAAGAGAUAUUAAUAAAUAAAUUAUUAAGAAUAAGCAAAUGA